UUCUGGACUCGCCUUAAAGAUAUGGCCACAUGAUUAUAAAAAUAAACAAAAAAACAAAUGUUAUGAAAAUUUGUUUCUGUUUUGAUAAAAAGUCAUUAAGAAGAAGUGAACAAUUAGAAAUAUAAAUAAAUAAAAAUGAAUUCUACAAAUGCAAAUGUAUCAAAUAUUAAAAGGAAAAAAAAAAUGAGUAAAGCCCAGAUGCAACUAGCUAUUAUUAAGAAAAAGGAAUUGGAUGCUAAGGCACAAACAAUAGUGGAAAGAUUACUUGAAUCCGACGUUAAUUCUGAAUGGCUACUAGAAAAUUUAAUCCAUAUAAAUAAAUGUCAUAUGGAGGACGUUAUUGAAGAAAGAGCGAUAGAGAAGAUGUGUGGUUAUGCUCUUUGUAAAAAUUUAUUGACUAAAGUAAUAUCUCAACGUUAUCAUAUAUCAACAUCAAGAAAUAAAGUUUACGAUGUUAGACGACGAAAAAAUUUUUGCAGUUCAUUUUGUUAUGGUGCGGCAAAUUAUUUAUUGGAGCAAAUGUUAUCAAGUCCUCUAUGGUUAAGAGAAAAUGAAAAAUCCCCCAAGUUUCGAUUAUUACCUGAAAAUGAACAAAAUAAUAGUCCGGGCGAAGAAGUUAUUUAUAAAAAUUCAAUUGAUCCACAUGAAUCUGUUCAACAUGUAGAAGAUGAUUUUACGGGAGAAACCAUUGAUAAAAUUAGCACUGAAUUACCUGAAAAAGGUAAAACGAAAUGCGUUACUUUUCAAUUACCAAACGUGGAGAAAGAUAAUGAAGUUACUUCUCAAAACCAAAAUAAAACAUGUGUAACGUCUAUUCUUGUUGAAGAUAUAGUGGAAAAUGAUAAAUUAACAGUUUCGUCUGAUACAUUAAAAAUGAAUCAAAGAAAAGAGUCAGUUUUUCAGAAAGAAAGAAAAUUAUCAAAAAAAUGUUAUAAUAAUGCUGAUACUAUUGGCUCAUUAGUUAAACGAAUUGAAAGUGUUUUUAAAGAAUGGAUUACAGAAGAUACACUUCGAUUGCUUUUUGGAAAAGAAAUUGAUAAACAAGAAAUUUUUAAAAAUUUAGAAAAACAUGAAAAAUAUAUUACACUUUGUCAAAAGCUGAAUGAACUCCAGUUCAAUAGGGAAAUCAAGCAGACGGAAAUUAUGGAUAAUAUUAGUUUUAAAACCGUUCCAGAUUAUUCAGUUCUACAAGAAGAAGGAAAAAAGUUGCAAUUAAAGGUACGAGCAUAUUUAAAAGGUACUAUAAUUGAAGAUGAUCAAAAUGUGAGUAAUGUUAAUCAAUCUGAAGAAGAGCUUUCCGUUGCUCCUUUGGUUGAUUCUCAAGCUCCAAAUGCCGUACGGCGUAGAAUUUUUAUAGAUAAAUUAAAUAGUAUAUUGCAAGAUCUACUUCAAUGUGCACCAACUUUAUACGCUCACAGCAAAGAAAGAGUUAAAAUGAUAAAAGCAAUAGUAAGCACAUUUGCUUUAACGGCUGAAAAUAUAGUUUUUAAGUCUGUUGAGUGGAAUCUUGUCGGUCUCAUUACUAUCAAAAUGUUAAGUUUAAUUGAUUCGCAGCUGAACAAUUUGAUAAACGCUAAGGAUUCUUCACGGUAUAUUUCAAUGAUAUUGAUGUCUUAUCAAUUAAAUUCAGAUUACCUGGACACAUUCGUAAGUAGUUUAAGAUAAAAAAAAAAAAAAAGAAUUAACAGAAUUAUAUUAACAGUGAAUUUAUAUUAGCAAAUAAAAAAUAUUUUUCAAA